UGUUUUUUUAUAGGCUGGGUUUGGAGCUGUGUUUGGGGAUACUAUUUUAUCUUUAGCAGCAGUGAAUACUACAAAGACAACAAUCCGGAGGACAUAGAUGGUGCACCGGAAGCUGUUAUCGUCAGUCAAGGAGGUCAGACUGGUAUUGUACUUUCACAACCGUCAGCCAUGUCCGUAAUUGUUAAUCAGGAAUACAGUCAAACGGGAACACAGGUUUAUAUGCAACAAUCGGGAAAUCCAUACCCUGUGAACCCAUGUCCACCACCAUACCCUGGAACUGAAGCUUCAACAUUUAACAAUGUUGUCCAUCCAACUAAGUAAAGAAAAUGUCAAAAACGUUUUCGAACAAUAUAUUUACCAAUCAAACUAGUAACUUUUAUCUUGUUUACCAAUUUUUAUUUGUAAUUGAUUUAUUUAUAAUUGUUUUGUUUUCAUAUUAGUUACAGUGAACUUGUACAUAAUGCAAGUAGCCUGACUUCCUUAAGAGAACUUUGAAAAAAAUACAACAACAACUUUGUUCUUCUUUGCUUUUGAUUGCUUGUGUUUUUGUUGUAUAUUUUUUUAUUUAUUUCCUUUGGUUAACAAAAUAAAACGCUGGGAAUUUUAGAAAUUGUUAUGAAUUGUUUGGAACUGGAUUUACUUUUCAAAGCUAAGAGCAAGCUAGAUUUUGUGCAAGUUUCAUAUUACAUUUAUACUGACUAAAACAUCAACAGCAGCAACAUCAACAAUUAUACAACAACAAAAACGGAUAACAACAUGUGUUGAGAAACGGAAGUAGUCAAAUAUGGGCCGAGGAGACGGAUCUGGCUGGGGAUCAGGCUGGGGCUGUGGUGGCUAUAAAGGCAAGACAGAAAGAGUCUUCUUCCCAGCAAUGCCAAUCCCUUUGGCUAUCUUGUGCUGUGUGUUUAACUUCCUUAUACCUGGCUUAGGUUCAGCAAUUGCCGGUGUUAGCGUGUUUUGUUGUGCUCGAAAUGAAGAUAUGGACAAGUCAGCUAAGGCUUUAAGUUGUGUGUCUAGCUGUGGUGUAGGGUUUCUGCAGUUGGUGACAACUGUUUUGUUGUUUGUUGGCUGGUUUUGGAGCUGUUUCUGGGGCGUCACAUAUCUGAUGAUGAGCAUUGAAUAUUACCAUAACAACAAAAUAGAUGACUACGACAGAGGGACUGCGAUAACGAGCACCGUGUCGGGGACGCAAACAGUGUACGAGAAUGGUUCGAGUACCCCGUCCGCCAUUAUAAUUCAACCUGCACACUUACCGUUCCAGCUGGCACAGCCUGGUACCCAGCCUGCGGCAUGUGUAACAAAACAGCAAUCAGUUCAAUUACCUCCACCAUACCCUGGAGUCGAGGAUAUUGGAACGGCACCACCACCACCAUACGGUGAAGUAGUGUAUCAAUCUGGUUCAGUCUACCCAAAUCCCCCUCCUGCACUGAAUGCCAACGGCAGUGAACACAAAGUAGGGCUUUAAAAAUGUGUAAU